CUGCAGCCGCUGCAUUCCCCCGUCCCUGUAUCCCGUGAGGACAACAUAAAGCUGCUGGAGCAGCAGGGCCUCGAGCGACUAAUAACGCUGCAGCAGACGCAGCAACAACAUGAGGGGCAGCAACAGCACCAGCAGGGGCUCUUUUGUUUCUGUUCUUCUGCCUCUUCUUCCUCUCGCGUGUGCACUUGCGAUAGAAGUUGUGGUGCUGCUGCUGCUACUCCCUCGGAGAGAGUGAAGCAGCGUCCAGCCCACCUGGACGCUCGCAGGAUGGCGGAGGAGAUCAUUGCUCGUCGCUGGCAAGAGCAUCUUAGAGUGACCGCUUCACACGCUGGGGACGAUUGGUCUGUCCCUCGUCGCUGUGCACGGAGCCGCAUAGGAAAGGAUACUAAGGAAGACUCCUCGGAAACAGAAUCCCGAAACACUCUUCUUGCUCUUUGUAGGGGCUACGAUCUCGAGAGCCUUGACUUCGACACCGAGACCCGUGUUCCUCCCCAGGUGAGUCGACGGACGACUGCUGCGGCACCAAGACCGGACACAUCCGUAGGAAUGACUCGUCGAGAGCGUGAGCGUCCUAAUCAUCCGCGUGCAAGAUCGCCGAGGCAGCAACAACAGCGGCAGAAAGCAAAUAAACGACAGAGCUCUUGCAGCCGACAGCCGGCCCAUAUCGAUGACGAUUUGAGGAAUCAAGGAGAGGUGCAGCAGCGGCAGCUGAAAUCACCGGUCGCGGAAGCAGCAACACUUGUUGAAAAGGACGUAGGCCACCCAGAAGAAGGAAAAAGCCUUGCAGCCUCUAAAAACUCCGCCGAAGCAGCCGAAUACAUAUCUUCGCCGCCGCCAGACAACUUUGCUGCACAAGAGAUCCCGGACAGCACGGUCGCCUGCGCUGAAGCCUCGAGAGGGCGGCCACCCGCGGUGCCAACAGCUCGUGGAGAGAUCUGUUUACGAAGACGGCAACUCCUUAUAUCGAGCCGCCUGUGA